AUCCUUCUGCAUUAAAACAAAACAAAAAAUCCUGAAAAUAUAUAUUUUUUUAAUGACAGCCCUGAUCGCACGUGAGACACAGACAGCUGAAAUCAGUGCGCGCACGCACUCCGUAGCUACUCUUCUUGUUGCACUGACGGAACUGACGUCAAGCAAUUUAUGUUUUCAAGUCAGGGGUGUUUUACAUGUGUGUGCGCGCCUAUUUAUAUGAGCGUGUUUCUUUCUUUGCUUACAAGAAGACGGGAUCGGGGAUUCUGUUCUCCGCGCGCACCUCUGAUUUACGGCUUGGAUGUGACUGUAAGUCCGGCUUGUGCGUGCACGUGAAAAAAAAAAUUAAUACACAGCGGCGUGGACACACCCGCGGGAUAUGAUACGAUCCCCACGCAACUUGUGCCAGAGAAGCGGAGCUCUUAAGAGUUGUUGGGCCCAACCCCUUUGCAGCUCGACUACACCUAUUGCCUCUUGUCAUUUAAACCGAUAGAGUGACAGCUCGCGCAGGAGAAACGUUUUUGAGCAAUUGGUCCUGAGAGGACAAAAGAGGAGAAGUGAAGACCACACACUUCAUAGCUUCGAGGCAAUGCAGUCUUUGUAGACUUGAAGGUAUUUUGCAAGUUGUUUUUAAACAAGGACACUCGAGAUUAUUUUGAGGAUCUGGCAUCCUGCAAGAUAGAGGAGCAAAUUGACUCAGAAUUGUGAACAUGGCAUCAUCGUGGCAUGGGAUGCUCUGGAGAUGGACACUGGUUCCUUCAUUCCUGGUGCUUUGUCUGAGUGGGACACACACAUAUGGAGAUGACUUCAAUUCAGAGUCCUGGCUCCGGAUGUAUGGAUACCUCCCUCAGGCAAGUAGGCAGAUGUCCACUAUGCGUUCGGCUCAAAUCCUCUCUAAUGCCAUUGGUGACAUGCAGAGAUUCUAUGGCCUGGAGGUCACAGGAAAGAUGGACAAAGAAACUGAACAAGCCAUGAAGAGACCUCGCUGUGGGGUUCCGGAUAAGUUUGGGGGUCAAAUCAAGACUAACGUUCGUAGGAAACGCUAUGCUCUCACUGGCCACAAGUGGGACAAAACCCACUUGACCUUUAGUAUUCAGAACUAUACUCCUAAGAUUGGGGAGUACAACUCAUACGAAGCCAUUCGUAUGGCCUUCAAAGUGUGGGAGAAGGUAACACCUCUGACGUUUGAAGAAAUUCCCUAUUUGGAGGUCAAAUAUGGUCGGCGAAAGGAACCUGACAUCAUGAUCUUCUUCGCUUCUGGUUUCCACGGUGACAGCUCCCCAUUUGAUGGUGUGGGUGGCUUCUUGGCACAUGCCUACUUCCCUGGUCCAGGGAUGGGAGGUGACACGCACUUUGACUCGGACGAGCCAUGGACAAUUGGAAAUGAGAAUUUGCAAGGAAAUGAUCUAUUUCUGGUAGCAGUGCACGAGUUGGGUCAUGCUCUAGGGCUGGAGCACUCCAAUAAUCCUUUAGCUAUUAUGGCUCCUUUCUAUCAGUGGAUGGACACAGAGAACUUCCAGCUCCCAGAUGAUGAUCUCCGAGGCAUUCAGCAGAUCUAUGGACCUCCUGGCAACUCUCCAACUAAGGCUCUUCCGACUGUUACCCCUCGCCGUCCCAAUCAACCUAAGAACCCACCAGGAGCCCCACCACGACGUCCAGACCGACCACGAACCACUGACCGCCCAGAUCAGUAUGGCCCCAACAUCUGUGAGGGCAACUUUGAUACAGUCACUGUGCUCCGUGGAGAGAUGUUUGUUUUCAAAGGUCGGUGGUUCUGGAGGGUCCGAAGAAACCGAGUACUGGAUAACUACCCAAUGCCUAUUGGCCACUUCUGGAGGGGCCUUCCAGGAGACAUUGAUGCAGCAUAUGAAAGACAUGAUGGCAGAUUUGUCUUUUUUAAAGGGGAUCGGUUCUGGAUUUUCCGGGAGGCCAUCCUGGAACCAGGCUACCCUCAGGAGCUAGUCGAUUAUGGCCGGGAUAUUCCUUAUGACAAGAUCGAGACGGCCAUCUGGUGGGAACCAUCAGGUUACACCUACUUCUUUAAGGAAGACAGAUACUGGCGGUUUAAUGAGCAAUCACGUGCAGUGGACCGAGACUACCCUAAACCAAUCAGUGUUUGGGAUACGUCAGUACCCACAUCUCCCAAGGGAGCUUUCCUCAGCGAUGAUGGAGCUUACACAUACUUUUACAAAGGCAGCAAGUACUGGAAAUUCGAUAACCACCGGAUGAAGAGUGAGCCUGGAUACCCCAAAUCCAUUUUGAGAGACUUCAUGGGCUGCAGCGUGGACCUGGAUCCUGACAGAGACACAGACGUGGACCCGGGACGCAAGUGGCCUGACAGACCGCCCUUCAACCCCGACGUAGGCGGAGACAAGGAAAAAGAGAAAGGAAAAGACAAGGAGCAAGAUCACACCAAUGACGUUGACACAAAGGAGACAAAGGAAGAGGAAACGAAUGACGUGGAUGUGGUGCUGAAGAUAGAUGAAACGCAGCGCACUAUGAACAUCAUCAUGGUGACUGCGCCACUGAUCCUGGUGCUGUGCAUCCUGGCACUGAUCUAUGCCAUCAUCAACACAUUGCAGAGGAAAGGGGCUCCCAAGUACUUUCUGCACUGCAAGCGAUCCCUGCAGGACUGGGUUUAACUUGGACUCUUUAGUUUCAACUCUGACCUCUGAACCCUUGACCUCGCUUCCCUUUCAUCCAUGUAAAAAUUUUUUUUAUCUUGAUAAGAUAUUUACAUUACACACACACACACACACACACACACACACACACACACACACACACACACACACACACACACACAGCUUAUAUUCUGUUAUCCCAUGGUGCUGUUCUAAUGCAUUGACUGUAGUCUAUUUAUAUGAGAGUUUGCACAUUUGUUGUUAUUGUGUUCCUUCCUUUCAUCAUGUUUUCCCCUUUGUCUUUUCAUUCACUUGUGCACAUUUCUUUUUAUCUCUCUAUUAGGUAAUAUUUCAUUGUGCUAUGAGAACCUGCCAUAUGGCUUUGGAUGAGAAAAAUACGAAGCAUUCGCAGUACAAAAAAAGGGAAGAAAUGGAGUCAAACUCUGCAGAUCUUAAUAAUUACUUCCUUCACUCAGGAUUCACCUGUUGUCUAUUCACUGACUGGAAAAGCCAAACGGGAAAGACCUGUUGUAGAAAACAAUCUGUUUUCAACACAACUAGCCCUUAAGAGCUCUACUUGAGGCAUGCCUGCCAACGAUGAAGAAAAUCCCAUGCGUUUUUUUGCCUUAGUCGACGCACUCACACUAUUGUUUUAACAACGGUGCCUUGGUUUUGCCAGCCAAAAGCCUUCCUGUAGUUUUACCCCUAUAGGAGGAGCCUCUUGAUCUCCCUCAACAUGUUGCUUUCUCUCUAUGAUCCUAUGAUACUGUUUGGCCAUAAUCUUUUAUUGUCAGAGGAGUGGUGCUUUUCCUUUAGCGUACUGUGAAACCACACGGCAGGGGGACGGGAGGGAACAUUUGAGGUACUGAAUGGUGAAGGAGGUGGAUUUUUCUUUUUUUUUUUUUGGAUGUAGGAACCAUUAGCCAAGUGUAGGCUUGUUUUAAACAAUAUAAUCAAGCGCAUACACAAAAUGGCUUAUAAAAACAUACCACUAGUACACUAUAUACCACUUGAGAGGACCAACUGAAAAAUAAAUAACAGGCAUUUUGCGUUUUCUCGAGCCAAUGAAAGGCCUCUCACCCUGCCCUGUUAGAGGCUGUUAGAUCUUCUCUGUUAAUCUUCUCAUUUUAAAAAGCAGCAGGUGGGCGAAAACAUUGCUAACCUCCCACCAGGGUAACAUGAGGCCUUGUGCACCUAAGAAAUCCUACUCUGAUCUGCGGAAGCAUGCAGAGAGCACGAGUAAGCAACAGAGAACAAGAGUAAUAGAGAAAGAGAGCGAGAAUGAGAUGUGUGAAAGUUCAAAGGGAGGUGGUUCAGCUGUGGAAACCUUAUCUCUCAUUGGAAGUUGCUUACAGUGUGUCGCUCCAAAGACAAGUUUACUAAAUACACAUUUUGAGGGUCGUGCAGAGGAGCCGGAGCUGUGCGAAUAUCCUCUUGAGGACAUCUCCUCAUAUGGGAGCAGGCUGGCACACACUUCGUGGCAUCCAUUCUGCCACUGGUUAUUUUUGAACCACAUAUUUUGAAUGGGAAAUAGGAUCUGCUACUGGCAUGCGUUCUCCAUUCAUUCAGCAGCUACGAGGUGGAUUUGCUCCUGCUGCUCAAGAUUCAGGCUUAAUUUUGCAAGUCGUUUCACAAGAAAGUGAUUUGCUUAGCGUCACCUCAAAAUAUCAAUUCAGCGAUUGCACAUUUUUUUAAUAGAAAAAAAAAUCAUCUCUGUGCCAGGCGAGAAAGUUUCCAUGUUCACAAAGGCACAGAGGAUGGCGAAGAUGAGAGAAGGAAAGUGAGUGGUACUAUAAAUAUUGCCUUGUCAGGCAAGGUUGACUUAAGACCACUUUCAUAAAUAUUAUGGAGAGACUAGAGGAGACGGAGGACAGUCAUGACUUGCAUGCCAUCACAGAUGGAGGCCAUUCUGCCCCCUUUGCCAGGCAGCACCCUUCCCUCAACUUCCCCCUUCAUUCAGAGAGCAGAGCUAAUCAGAGAUAAAAGCCAUUCCUCCUAUCCCCUCCCCUUCUCUUCCCUCCUCUCCUCUCCCUACCGUCCUUCCCAGAUCAAUGAAGAAUACACAAACAGGUCUAAAGAGGAUCCAGAAUCCAAGGCUUCACGCUCAUGCUAGCAUGACGUGUUCCCAUAUGAGCAGGCGUUUACUUGCUUCUCUGCACCUUUGUGGCCUUUGCUUCGAGAGACCUUCUGGCUGUUUUUUGGUGUCCUGGCUGAUUAAUCUUUAUCUUUGUGUUUGCUUAGGCAAUCAAAACCAAACGCUCUGUCAAGGCCGUUUAAACUGAACUUGUCCAGUAAACACACUGCUCGUGUGAAUGGUUCACAAAACGGUCUGUUUUAGAUCUCAACCUUUAAUGACAGACCUUUCCUGAAGCCAGAGCUAGUUGCAAGAGUACACUGAGCUUGAUCUGAAUUCUUAAUAAUUGACAUGCUUGAGAAAAAAAACAGGGGUGAUUAUGCUGGAGAUAAAGGCUACUAAAUAAACAAAAGCUGCACACAAAUCGGUGUAAUGAGAAUGUUAGUAUUUAUGCUUCAUUCUCAAACUCAUGUCUACUCCUGUACUCCGACUCAAAUAACAAUGAACCCUCAUACUCUGGGCAUUAUUGUCCUGCAUAGUACUUUUUCUGGCCAACAGGAAGUAAGUCUGGGCUUUAGUCCAAAUCCAGGAAGCGUCCUCCCACAAUUGCUCACUCUUGCAUAGCAAUCUUAAAGGCAUUGUGGGUUUUAGUCAAAUAUUUCCUGAAGUUGCAGCUCAGUGAUUUUUUUUAUUAUUAUUAUUUUUUUUUAGUUGUGCAUUGUUUUUUUUUUUAGCAGCAGUAGCAGCAGCAUUGUAUUUGUGCAAGAUGCAUCAACACAAAAUAGCAGACAUGAGCUAAUGUCUGUAAUCAUUCUCACUCUAUCUCAUCUAAUUUAUGCACGAAACAAGAGUAGAUCUCUGUUAUUCAUCUGUCCCGCUCAUUUUUUUAAAUCCCAUACUAUAACUGCUAAAUAGUAUGUACAAAGAAUGCCAUAGUGCAAGAAAGUCAGGAUUUUUUUGUCAGUAUUAGGCCAUUUGUGUUUGGAUUGUGCAUAAUUUCACUGUAGUCCUUAAAUCUAAACAUUGACAGAACAUUUGUUUCACUGUAUCACAAAGCAUCUCACUUUACUCCAUAAACAGUGGGUCAUGCCUUUUAACCAAGCAAAAUCCAUGCACAGACUGAAUAGUUAAUCAAAUCAGGUAAAUAAAUAAAAAGUCACUCAUAUUGUUAAAGCAAUGUCAUGACAAUGAUGUGCAACUUAUAUAGUGCUGCAAUUAUUUAAAAACAAAAAUUAUUCAUACAUUCAUGUUUAAUAAUAAUGAUUAAAUGUAUGAUGCUAUUUUUGUGGUUUCUGUUCAAUCAAAUGAUUUUCCUGACUUAUUUGAAUUUAAUUGGUUGUUUUUGAAAUUGUAAAUAUUGUAGGAAUUUUUUUACUUUGUUAAUAACAUUCCGGUUUUGUGUUUUUAUUUAGUUUUUCUGAUGUAGAAACUGAAGAUUUUAUACAUUUGUGUUGUUUGUUGAUCACAUCUGUUGAGUGUCUCUAAUGAUCCAUGCUGGACAUGUAAACAAUAAUUAAUAAAUGAUCUAAAUAUGAAA